CACACCAUGCCGUUCAUGAAAGCGCUGUCUGUCUCCCACGAUGAGUCUGGCUCAGAGUCGGAGACGAUCGCCGUGCAUCCAGAGCAUGAGCAACUGCCCUCCUCCGACCGUCCGAAGCUGCAUCAUCUCGAGUCUAUCCUGGUCAACCCGGACUUUGUCGAGCCCGUCCAGAUCGCACUGGACGACGAUGCGCGUUACCGGAUGAUAUACGAUGCCUACCUUGACAAUGGAAAGGUGCACCCGUUGGCGAACGAGAACGAGUGGUUCAGCAUCAUGCGCUCCAGGUUCCGGACUGGGGGGCUCGCGGGCACCCCGUCGGAACGAGACUAUACGGACAACCACGUUGCGCUCUGUUCGAAGAGCAAAACGCUUACUGUCAAGCACUGGCUGAUCGCACAUCCGACGCUGGUCAUCGACCUGUCCAAAGUGGACUAUAUCCGACCGGCAAAGGACGUGGUUGCCAGCGGUGGAGUCGAGGCUUGGGGAGUGGGAAAGACAGGGAUCGGGUGGGCGAGGGACUUGGAUCGCCUCCCCACUACGGGCAGGAAUUUCUGGCAUUCCUAUGUCUGCCAGUUCCAGGAGUGGGGGGACGUCUUCCUCGCUGGGUUUACUGUUGAAGACCCCAAGCGGUUCAUGAAGGAGCUGCAGGGUAUCAGGCCCGAGAUCACUAAGGUGCCUAUGGACGAAGAAGUUGGAGAGAUCUCAUAAGCAAGAGACCGGUCGGGAAGAUCCGAGGCCAGAGACGACGACGAUGAUGAACGCGAGGACUGCUACGAAUAUCCGAUUUGCACUCGAUUUUGAUCCGGAACGCGAUUUGUAUAAAGCACGACGAGGGAAGACACAAAAACAGAGAGCUACUCCAUAUGCAUAUCGAUUUUUUUUUCGCUCUUGGAUGCGGUUGUACAUGCAGGCGGAGAAGGAUGAGGACGUCGGUCACCACUCAGUACUUCAUCGGCGCUAUGACCGACGAUUCGGUGGAUGGGAGGACGCCAAACAUAGAGAUGCCAAGAUUUUUGCGUCAUUUUCACAUGCUUACCAGUAGGCACACGACCAGUCAGGGUUCCUUACCAACCUUGUUCUCUUGAGUAAUGUUCAAUUGGUGUUGGCUUCGG